CGGCAGGCUGCGGCGGCUCCCCCCGCCCCCGGCUCCCCCCGCCGCCCCCGCCCGGCGCACGGCGCGUCACGGCGGGGCCGGCGGCGGCGGUGGGUGCGCUCCGCUCCGCGCUCCGCGCCCCGCGCCCGCCAUGGCGGCCCGGCGCCCCCGGGCCCUGCUCGCUCUCGGCCUGGCCCUGGCCGCCGCCGCCGCCGCCGCCGACCCCUUCUCGCCCCAGCUGGGGGACACCGCCGGGUGCCGCGGGCAGUGCGGCCGCAGCCUGCCGCGCCGAGCCGCCGCCGAUGCUGUUCUCAACGCCUGUUACCGGGGCUGCCGGCUGUUCUCCAUCUGUCACUUCGUGGAUGCGAGUGCCGAGCUGAACACAACCAGAGCCGAGUGUGAAGCAGCGUGCGCCGAAGCCUACAGCAACGCAGAGGAGCAGUUUGGCUGCGUGACAGGGUGCCGCAAGCAGCUGCCUGAGGUGGAGAACAGGAAGGAGAAGAGCCUGGAGCUGAAGGUGCCAUCAUUCUCCGUGUUCGAUUUGGUCUCCACCUUCUGCAACGACAUCGUCAGCUCUGCCCAGAGCUUCAUCUCUUCCACCUGGACCUUCUACCUGCAGGCGGACGAUGGCAAAGUCGUGGUGUUUCAGUCCCAGCCCGAGAUGGAGUAUCCAGUACCCGAGGUGCCGGAGGUGCAGCCAGCGCAGCCGGGACCAGGGUCCAGCCCCCGUGUCCUGCAGCCCCACACAGGCCCCCGGGUGAAGGGGGAGAAGCCCCCCGUGAAGAAGCCACGGGGCAAAGCCAAGGCACAGCAUCCGGACCCCCCGCAGCCGGAGCACGACUUCCUCGGCUGCAUGUCCAAGCGCUCGGGCCUUCCUCGCUGGAUCCUGGCUGCCUGCCUCUUCCUCUCCAUCAUGGUGAUGCUGUGGCUGAGCUGUGCCAGUUUGGUGACCGCCCCUGAGCAGCACGUCAAGACCCAGCCUCUGAGCAUCAACGGGGACAAGGAGUACCUGGAGGACCUGGAUGGCCCAAGCACCUUCCCCCUGCCACCCGUCAUUGCUGUCACCCUGUGCCCUGCGCACGGUGGUGAGGAUGCGGGGCCACUGCCCCUCAAAGUCGACCUGGACAAGACCAUCCUGUAGUGCUCCCACCCCUUCCUGUCACCUCCACACCACCUCCCUGUCACCUUCCCCAUGGCGUCAUCCCCGGUCCUGCUCCGCUGCCCUGUGUCCCUGGCUCCUGGCGGGGCAUCUCUGGCUCUGGCACGGAGGGGACCGGGGGGUGCGAUCGGGCUUGGCUCCGCUCUUCUCCCCAGGGAUGGCCACUGCGGAGGAGGCUCCCAGGAGCCAGGCUGCGGCUUCGCCUCCUCCGUAGAUGUUCUGUUUUCUGGGAUCCUGGCUGCCAGCACUCAAGAGCCAAAAGAGGAGCUGCCAGAGUGGGGAGGCCGGGGGGAGCCCGUCCUCAUGGUGGGGCGGUCUGUCUCCUCCCGACCGGAGCCCCCAGGGCCCCGCAGCCCUCCGGGCAUGGGUCCAGCGCUGGGCAGGAGGGAGCCGGCUGCAGUGGGGGAUGGAGAGUGUCUGCAGCGUUCUGGGCUUUGGCUCGGCACAUCCCCAGCCUCCCACCUUGGGCUGAGCCUCCAAGGCGCCGUCUCUGGCCCUGAGAACUCCCUUCCGCUGGCCGGAGCCGAUUGCCUUGGGGAGCCGAAACGUGGCGAAUGGAUUUGGUGUUGGCAGCUGGAGAGAAGAGCAGAUCUCGCUGCCUCCAUGCCCACGCGAGGACCCAGCCAGCCCCUUCCUGGAGCUGUGGAGGGGCCCCGGGAUGGCUCCUUCCCCUCCCUGCUCCGUGAUGCCUUGCGGGUGGCUGGCCCCAGUGCCGACGGGUUGCUGGGACCAAGCAGGGGACGAGGUGGUGUUUCCCUGCCUCGUGCUGUCAUGGCGCAUUCGAGCUUGGGCAGGAGGUGGGAGCUGCUGGGAUGCCUCCGUCCUGGGCUCAGCAUCCCUGCCUGGAGCCGGGAGCAGCUCAGCCUGCGGGGCUGUAGCUGAUGGCAGGACCUAGCAGCAGCCAGCCUCCGGGUCCCCGGGCUCACAGCCCUGCCCUGGAAGUAGGGGGCCGGCCCUGGGGUCUCCCAGCCAAGUGGGGUCCCCCUCGGCUCACCCCAGCACAGCCCCUCGGUGUGGAGGGGUCCCUUCCCUCCCCCUGCUCCACAGGGCUCUGCCUCUGCAGCCAGGCUCAGUGCGAGCUGGGGCAUCUCCCCAUAUCCCCACCGUUCUCCAUCACUUGACUUCAUGCGUCGUUUCGUGGUUUGAUUUGCAGCGGCAUGUGGUUCAUCGGCCCCCAGCCCCCCGUGGGGCCACCCCCGCGCGCGGAGGGAUGGCUCGGCGGUCCCUGCCAGCCCCGUGUCCACCUAACACAGUCUGUACAGAUUAACUUAUUGCCCGCGACUCCCCACCCUUGGGUUAUUAGGCUCCCUCCCUGUGCUGGCUGCUCCCCGGCGCUGAGCGGUCUCAGGGGGCCAUGGCGUGGUGGGGUGGGGGGGCUCUGGUCCCUGGUCCCCAUCCCCGCCGAUUUUGUGCUGC